UGCCAUUUAUGUCCUCAUCUCUCUUAGCUGUUAUGCAUCAAUCGGUGGGUCAUGCAUCUAUACGUUCUCUUUCUCUCCUUUCUCUACCUCACUCAAUAUAUAUACACGAAUCUUCCUCGUUAUUUCCUCCCAAGAACAUCUCAAACAGUUUUAUUCUUCAUUCAAUAUUUUGAGACCCCCACACACACACACUCAUAUAAUCAUAUAUCCUCAUAAACCCUAAACCCUACCUAGUUUCAGCAACUAUAUUGUUCCAAAUCCAAGAAAAAGGGUUAGAUUCUUUAUCAAUGGCCAAAGUUGGGAAGCUGACAAAGCUCAAGUCAGCGAUAAAGAAAUGGCCUUCAUUCGCCAAGAACCACCACCACUCAUCCUCCUCAGCCGCCGUCUCCGAUGAGCUCUCAGAGGACAACAAUCUCCAUGUUGUUUAUGUUGGUCAGACUCGAAGACCUUACAUGCUUAGACCGGACAUCAUCUCUCACCCCCUCUUUCAAGAACUGGUGGAUCGGUCUUCUAGAUCUGCAGAACAAGAACGUGAGAUUGUUGUAGCUUGUGAAGUUGUGUUAUUCGAGCACUUGUUGUGGAUGCUUAAGAGUGGUCAAGAAGGAGGAUCCGUUGAAGAAUUGGCAGAGUUCUAUACUUGUUGACAUCGAUUUAUCAAAUUUUACGCAUUUAUUUCGUAUAAUACAUAUGUACUUUCUAUGGUGUUAUUGUUGCUGCUGCUGAUUUGUAUUUUUGACUCGAUCCGGUGUGUGACCAAAACGUGAUCUCGUAAACCAUAUCAUUUGCUUCUGUUUUUUUUUUCCUCGAGCAAUUUUAUGAUAAUGAUGAGCAUAUGUAGCUUCUUA